AUGAGUUCGGCCCUCACUAACCAGGACCAAUGUGAGAAUCUCCAACACAGUACAAAUAUUACAGGUGAGAAUCACAGAACCUAAAACAGACAGAACCGUGCUGUAAUCCGAUACCUCGAGAGUUGGAUCCUGACCUGGUACAAUCACCAGAGAAAAACCUCCCUGAAUGUAAUUGUUAGUGACAACAGUACAGCCAUGUAGGAGAAAAAGCCUCUCUAUUGUACGGCCAUCUCUGUGGUAGGAUCUUGACUAUACAGACACCUCUGGGGUGGGAUUCAGACUAUAGUAGAGUAAACAACGGGUCUGACCAUAUUACAGCUAACUUUGUGUAGGGUCCUGGCAUUAAUACAUGGGACAUAUAGCUCUUCAUAGGAUUCUUAUUAAAUACCUCCCAACAUUUCAAAUGGACAUAGAGGGACCUUUUAAUUUUAGGGUUGCAAGUGGGGGUGUGGUCAGGGGUGGGAAUAUUCUAAGAAAUCUUGGGUGACUUACUAUACUAAUAACAAUUAAAACAAGUAAAAUGUAAUUUAUAACAAGAACAAUGUCUUAGAGAGACCAUCUAAUUGUCGCACGCCGGUGUUUCGCCGUGCAUGCAAACUAGCUUCCCAAUGCUUUCCUAUGGGAAAGCAUUGGAUUGGCUGAGAUCAUCGAUCUCAAUGAUCUCUACUAGAGAGGCGGACUGUUACGCCAGUGACCAGCACUUAGGAGAAAUGUUAAGGAAAGCUCAACUUUUUAACCCUGUUACUAGGUGACUAUAGUGUUAGGAAUACACAUUGUUUAUUAAAAUUAUUAUUAAAUGCUACAGUGUUCUUUUAAACUAUGUCUUCCUGUCUAAUGUGACUAGCCAAGAAAUUAGUAGUAGAUUAGGAAUAUGAUAUUUUAAAUGAUGAAAAUGAUGUUAGCUAUGUUUAAACAAGGAAUUGGGAUAUAAUGCAUAGGUGCGGAGAUAAAGACAUUUGUUUUAUUUAAUGGUUGGGCUUAUAGAUACACAGAGCUUGGCAGGAAACCUGACCAUUCGAUAUACUAAGGGUUUUAUAAAGAAGAUAGAGUUGAGAGGCAUCAAAGUCAUAUAUUACCUCAAUCACUGGGGACCUUUAGGCCUCUGAUGUCAUAAAUUGAAAUAUUUCUUUCAUGUGACCUGAAGACAUGGCCCCAGCUGUCACCGAGAUGCAGUUUGUCAGAUUUAUAAUGCCUGUUUCUGCUCAGCUUUCAAGAGAAAAAAAGCUCCUCUGGCAGUAAACAUCAGAUUUAUAAACUGGCCAUCAAGAUAUAGCUUGUGAGACACUGAAACCAGAAGACCUUUUAUCAGAGAACUAAAUAUACAGCGCUGAGAUUCCUGUUGCCUGUUUCUUUUAAUAAUAUCCAAAAAGAGUACUUUAUAAUAAAUACAGAAUAGCCAGACAGAUAUAUAAAUUGGAUGGAUAAAUGGAUGGACGGAUGGAUGGAUGGACAAACUGAUGAGUGAAUGGAUGGAUGGAUGGAAUGAUCAGUGGGUGGGUGGGUAGAUGGAUGGAUUGAUGGAUGGGUGUAUGAAUUGAUGGUUGGUUGGAUGGAUUGAUGGGUGGGUGGGUGGACUGAUGAUUGGCUGGAUGGAUUGACUGAUGAGUGAGUGGGUGGAUUGAUGGACUGAUCGGUGGUUGGGUGGCUGGGUAGAUGGAUAGAUUGAUGGAUGGGUGGAUGAAUUGAUGGUUGGUUGGAUGGAUUGAUGGGUGGGUGGGUGGACUGAUGAUUGGCUGGAUGGAUUGACUGAUGAGUGAGUGGGUGGAUUGAUGGACUGAUCGGUGGUUGGGUGGCUGGGUAGAUGGAUAGAUUGAUGGAUGGGUGGAUGAAUUGAUGGUUGGUUGGAUGGAUUGAUGGGUGGGUGGGUGGACUGAUGAUUGGCUGGAUGGAUUGACUGAUGAGUGAGUGGGUGGAUUGAUGGACUGAUCGGUGGUUGGAUAGAUAGACUGAUCGGUGGGUGGGUGGGUGGAUGGGUGAGUGGAUGGAUGGACUGAUGGAUGGGUGAAUGGAUGAGUGGAUGGAAUGAUCGGUGUGUGUGUGGGUGGAUUGAUGGAUGGAAGGACCGAUAGGUGGGUGGAAGGAGAGAGCCUUGGAUUUACUCUAAAGUGUGAUUUCCACAUCAUUGGUGUGGCUGCAAGCUCAUGGCUUGUGAUGCCAUGGAGAGUGGUUUAGCAGAACACGAGGGAACAGCAUUCAUGGAUUUAUAGCACCAUAACCACUUCAAUCAGCUGUGGUGAUUAUGGUACUUAGAUUGACCAUUUAUACAUACAUACACUCACUUGUAUCUUCCUUGCUCCACAGUUCCCAGUGCCAUCAUAGUUAUCCUAUAUAAGGCUUAAAUAAUACAUACAACCUAAUCUUCAAUUAUUAUUUUUAUGCUACUGUUUGUUUUUUCCCCUAUAAAUAUUUAAUAAAAAUAGAUAGUUUGUAUUUCAUUUAUUGAUUUAGUGCUGUCCUCAUCAGUCUCAAGACUCAUCCAUAAUAUUUUCUAGGGUCCUCUACAUAAGAACACAGCUGAGCCAGUAGCUUUGAACUAAAUAAUUGACAGAAGAAGUAAAUUGAGUUUUGUUUGUGAAUUUUUGUUGCAGUCAUCCCAUUUUAACGAGAUCAAUGACCCUUUGGUUGCACCGUUGGGACUAUUCCAUAGGUUUAGGAAUGAAAAUAGAUGUUAAUGGAAGGUUUUCUCACUUUAAAUUGUCAUGUAGCAGAUUGUUGAGGCAGGAUCACUUGUGCAUGAUUGUGUUUGAAGAUACUUAUUCGUAGCUGUGAAAAAUGUGAAAUAUUUUGUUCACUGCCAUGGCAUACAAACAUCAUUAUGAUUUCUUGGGAAUAAACUGACCCCAUGUCACGAAGGAGCCAAACAUCUUUAUCUUGUAAGCAAUAUGCUGUUCUAUUUAGUUUUUAGUUCCUCUGAUGGGAAAAAAAAUAGUCAAUUUUCAGUUUGUAUUGAAUAAACGUACAGUAUUGAUCAUUCAUUCUUUCUGUUCAUUGUUGGGUUUUUCUGCCAAUUUUAUUUUUAAUAGCCAGAUCAGUAAAUAACAGCAUGUCAGAUAAAAGAGAGUGAACAUAUCAGAUCGAACAUAAUGAAAAGGUACAAAUCAAAAUGCUUGAGGAUGAUAAAUCAAAUCAAAUUAAUUAAGGUUGUAGUUAGUGUGAGAUAUUGUGUAAGUAUAUUUCUGCAUAAAUCUUGUAUGAACGAUAAGUGGAAAGUCUUGUAAGUACAUGGUUACUUACCUCUUAUAACUGCCAUAAAUAUCGUUCUAUCUCUCAUAUUAUGGUAAAUCCCAAUCCCACCCCUACACACUGUGCUUGGGACCCCCAAGGAUUUUGUAUUAUGAAAUCUCUGAGCCAUGAUCAUGGCUUUAGUCUGCUUGUUGGGCAUCAGUGAUGCAAAGAGGCAUUGAAAGAACUGAAGGUGCUUGGCAGGGUCCAUCGUCUCAGGAAUGACCCUAAUGUUUAUAUGACACAUCCAACUGCUGUCUUCUAAGGCAUCUAUUCUCAUUCAAGAGUAGAGUUAGCACAAUUAUGUGUGUCUGCUUUCUGCAUUUAUAGUUCUUUAGCUAGUAACUUGCUGAUGUCUCUCAGCAAUUAUAUAAUAUCCUCCAUAGCUUGGGAGUAAUGUCUCAUCUUCCUGGAUAAAAGUGGUACAGAUGUUGUCUACCACUGUAGAUACCUAAUGGGGAAGGUGAUUCACUACCCUAAAAGGGGUUUAAGCCCUAGAAAAUGCUGUUAAAAAAAUAGAAUGUGGUGAAACACCCAAAAAUUGAUAAAAUAUGACCUUUAAUGAAAUCUGGUAAAAACUAUGCAACGAAUGGAUAUAUAAAUAUAACAAUAAAGUACUCUAUAAAGAAAAUAUCAAUACAAAAAUAAAAACAGUGACAAAAAAGGGGGGAAAGAGUAGAUAUUCCCAAGGAAUACCUGGGUGUUGAAAUCCUAAGGACUGAGUACCAGCAUAUUCCUCCCAAAGUCUGGAACGGGGAAAAUGGUCCUAAGGCUGUCAGUUGUUGCAAGCUAGAAGAUUUUCUCUAAGUAUAAAUACAGGUGUAUAAAUAUAUCAGAGAGCGAGUUUGCGGUAUCAGUCAGCAGUCCAUAGAUUAUCCAGUAGUAUCUGGGGUCAUAUAAAGAGGUAUGUGUGUCGGUUGGUCCCUGUGCUAGUAUAAAGUUAGUCAAAAUAGAUUUCUAAUCCCUACAUAUUUGACAGCUGACACACGUUCCCCCAUACGAGUAACAAAAAAUGGAUAUAAAUAUCCCAACAAGUAUAACAAAAAGUUGUAACAAUUACUAAAAAGACUAAGUAAGUAAAUGAGAAGUCUAAUAGGAGUCCUGAGCGGAGGAGUUCGAGUACAACUAAAGAAUUACAAAUCACAGUAAGAAAAAAACGCCAGCUCCAAGGAACACCUAAAGUAUACGCGCGUUUCACCCAGUAGACCGGCACGCUACGCGCGUUUCACCUGGCGAUUGAAAUUGGGAUUAUCAGGAGGGCUGGAUGGAUUUUUCCUGGAUGGAAUAUGAGAAACACCUACGAGCCAGCGCAUCUAUUGACACCAUCAGACCACAUUGGAAAGGUGCCAUCUUUGGCCCCAAAGCAUAGAGGAAAAGGUCGAUGAUAUCAGCAAAAACCCCCAGUAGCAAUAACCUCUUCUUCCAUGUCAGUUUCACCUUGACUUCUUGAGUCUGACAGUGGUCCUUCCAUUUAAUUUGUGAACCAAUGCAAAGAUUUGUUGUUUGUAAAUUAGUUAGUUAGUACAAAGCAUCAGACACAAUCAGUCCACUUUUGUUGGAAGCGUGCUCAUUCCUCAGUCCUCAUUGAGAGAACUGCACUUUUUAUCUGUUAUCUUUUUUUAGUCUCAUGUUUAUCUCUAUAUUUUUUAUUUUGCCAUGAAAUUUAGUGAAUUGUUUUCCCUCUACUCCAUUAUAGGUGUUACGUGCAACGUAUCCAUUGACAUUAUUGGGACAUGUUGGCCUCGAUCUCCAGCUGGACAGGUGGUGGCCCGACCCUGCCCUGAAUAUUUCCAGGGGGUUCAAUAUAAUACAACAGGUAAAUACUUUUCAACCAUGAUCCGAAAUUAUGGCAAAGAUUCAUUUGUGCUCAUUUGGAACAAAAUGCAUUAGAAGUAUGAAUUGGCAGAGUUAUCACACUUAUUGUGUGCAAAGUGUCCUCUCUGAUGGACAUCCUUGGAGAUGAUCAGAAUUGGUGGCCUCAAACUAAUUAAUAUAGGUCUUCAUUUAAUAUGUUAGGGUUAACUUUUCAAAAGAUUGAAUAUUUUUGGAUAUAUAUAUAUAUAUAUAUAUAUAUAUUAAUAUUUUUUUUAAACUAAGCAAUCUACAGACAGUAAAAUAUACAGUAAAUAUCUUGAUGGCUUUUCAUAAACUUACGGGGUGGUUUUUUUUAGAUUGCUGGUUUAGAAUAUAUCUUAAAAAUCUGAUUGUGUAAAUAUACACAAUUUAAACGUUUCAUUGAUUUGUUUGUCUUUCCAGAAAUAUUGAUGGGAUAAAACGUAUUAGACAUUGUAUUCUAAGUUAAUCGAGAAGAGUCCUUGCCAGAUCUCACUUUCAUUCAUAGGAACAUUUUAACAACCAUAACCCCUACAUCCUGUUACAGUGUACAGCCAAUAUAUAUUUGUUAAAAAUCUCCAAAAGAUUGUAAACAUACUGUAUGUUUGUAUCUUGGCAUAAUAUCUACAUUCAAUAAGUUUAGUUAACUGGCCAAACUAAGCAUCUCUACUACAUAAAGCAUUGCAAGCUGUUGUUGCAAGCUGCACAAAAGUCCUGUAGUUUACCAAAGUCAUCCUUCUCCCUAUUUUGUUUGUAGAAUUCAGCACUCCACUGUCUGUACAAUGGGAUAGAUUAAAGGUAGUCCCUCUGCAAAAUGGAGUCCUGCUUAGAAGUUUGUUUUUCCACCUGGUGAAAAGUGACAUUUGUAGAAUCGCCGCAUGUUCACUGGACUCCAGGCCACCAAACAAAUUACCAAGCAAUUGAAGGGGUCUUUCACACCCCAAAACCAGGCUAACUGAGCCCACAGCACACCCUCACGUUAAGGGGAGAAAGACCAAGAAGCAAAGGGCCGAGAAACCGAAUAAGGCCAUGAACAUCGGCGAUCUAUGGCACCAGGCCUGAAGGGAAACAGAGCCCAACAUGGCCAACCUCUCAGACGACUCAGAUCUCCGAGGACUUCUCACUGGGAAGACCAGGAGGUCAGAUGCCUGAGCAGAGAACCAGUAAACCCACAACCCCUCACCUAGACUCGGCCCUGGUGACGACGGCAAUCAUGAAGGGCCUCUUAGCGGAGCUCUAACACAUGAUCCAGGCCGACAUGGCCCAGCUCCGAGGGGACUUACGAGGCCUCAUGACCCGCAUGGGCGCUAUAGAGAGCAACACCCAGAAACAGGCCCAACACACAACGCGUCUUCACACAGCCAUACAAGAGCUACAAAUCCAACAAAGCAAAAUGGAUAAAAAGCUCGCAGAGCUGGAGGACCGGAGGCGCACACCGAACCUCAAGUUAAGGGGCAUCUCAGAGUAGAUCCCGGAGAAGGAGCUACCACACUUCCUACAUCGACUUCUCACAGGACUGCUAACCCAUAAGAAGGCCAAACAGGUGGGAGUGGAGGGUCUAUUCCGACUUCGCAAACCAACGUCAGAACAGCUCUCAUGAACGAAACAACUCACCAUACCCCUUUGAAGGAAUGAAAGUGACGUUCUAUGCAGACCUGUCCGGAAGUACCACGGCGUGGAGGAGGUCACCUAAGCCUUUCAUGGCGUUACUCCGAACCAACGGCUUCGGAAACUGCAACGCGCACUGGAGAUACUACACGGCACCGACACACACUCUGUCAGCAACCUCAAGGAGGCAGCCAACCUGCUACCUAAGCUGGAACUACCAACAAACGCCCUGGACACAGUGCGAUCGAGCACGGCGGCAUCCCUGCCUCACACCUGGAAUCUCGCAACAACACGUACCUUCAUACCACAGGGAGCGUGACAAGAAGAACGGGCACUACCUGAGUGGCUCCAGAUAGCCUGCAGAGACAGGCCUGAACUUGCCUCACCACUGGAGUUGUGUUUUCAGUUAACUCUAUUGGGUCUCACUAAACUUUACGUUAAUAGUGUAUGUUACCGUUUUUCUCUUAUGUUGAUUUUUUUUUUAUUAUUAUUAUUUUUAUUUAUUUUUAAAAGCUUUCUCAGUAGGCACCAAUCUGGGUACCCUAUCCUGGACUAAGACGGAGCAGCUCAGAAACCACCCCCGUGAGAACUGACACACAGGCACACCUACCUUGCCCGCGGCAAGACGGAGCCCUCAGCCCACACAUCACAUACAGCACUUAUACAAUGCUACAAGCGAUGCCUGAGCUCCAGCCUAGAGCUAAUCUUAGUUACCACCCAUUAUCAAUCAGUACACAGCCAAACUUGGUUCUCGCAAUGCAUAGCUUCCAUAUUAUCAGUUAUACCACACGCAGACCACACAAUCCAAGUUCUUACACAUGUUCCUAUGUUACAUUAAGCUCACAUUUGCAUUACAAAAUAUUAAAAUACUGUGCAUAUGCUCAUGCCAAUGCUCACCCUGUAACCGUCGUGCGCGCUGUUGUGGCGCUUGAUUUAACAAUGUACUUACCUGCACAACAAAAAUUAAAAUUUUUAAAAAAGUGUCAUUUGUAUGGAAUGGGAUGUACUAUAAACUUAACUUGUUAAACUGUUGGACCUGUGUGUUUAUGAAGCUGGGAGAAGCAGAAUUAAUUCUUUAAACCCUUCCCGUUCUCUUCUUCGAUGAACGUACUAAACGUAUACCUUAAUAAUAAUAGACAAUAAUAGACAAUAAUAGACAAGCUUAACUUUUCCUUCAAUUAAUGAUAGCAUCGAGCUCAGCGGUGCCCCAGAAGUUGUAGAACUACAACUCCCAUGAUGCGUUGCAUGUCUUUAGAAUGCCUUUAGCAUGACAAAGCAUCAUGGGAUCUGUAGUUUUAAAAAAUCUGGAAAUCUACCUUUUGGGCACCACUGAUCAAGCGGCAUAUAGGACUGCUAGAAGUCCUUAUAUAAAGUGAGUGGAAGAGUUACUGAUAUUAGUAAGUUGUUCUAGUCACAUAAUAUUUGGCUAUAAAUCCCAUUUAACACUAUACCAUUUCCUGCGAUCACCACUCUCUUGUUCGCGCCUUGCUGUGCAAAUCUGUGAUUGUUUCUGGGUAUUAUCGCAAGAUUUUUAUGUUUAGAUAGACCCUCCUGACCCCAAGAAAAUGAGACACAACAUGCAUCUCAUUUCUCGUCCCAACUUCCAAAAAUCCACUCGAAAAAUGACUUUGGCUGCCGGUAAUGAGAAACCAAGACAGGCUGGAAACCAAUUAUUUUUGUAUAUUUUAAAGGCAAAGUGUGAAAUCAGGCAUGCUAGAUGAUGCCUGAAAAUGACUUGUAAACAAAACAAUCUGUACAAUGCCUAGACAUUACAUACAAUGCCUGCGUAUAAUCAGUAAAACAUAAAUUAAAGUUCUUAAAGGGACACUCCACUGCCCAAAUGCAAAAUAGAUGAAAAAUCACUUUUUAUUAGAUAUACCCCCAAAUGAAAACAUGCAUGUAUUUAAUUAUGUAUUGUUUCAUUAGCGGUAUAUCUAAAAUCAGCUUGCAAAACCUGCAUUUCUCUUGUCUGCUGCUUUUGCAAGCUCUUCCCUUCUAACCCCGCCCAGACUUUCUGUGUCUGUCCAAUCACAGACAUCCCCAAUGCAGCUCAAUGAUAAGUCUUUGUAAGUCAGGUGCUCUGGACAAUAGUUGCCUCUUGAGGUCAGCUGCAUUGAGCUAACAAAACCAGGAAGUAACAUGACCAGUUGCUCGCUCGAAAGCCAAGGGGGUGUAACCAGGUUAAUUUAUAAAAUAUUCAAUUUCUAUUGAAAUCUGCACUUUUUGCAAAAUAAAAAAAAGACACACUGCAUUUCAGCAAGCUGGAGUGAGGGGCCUGGAGUGACCCGUUAAUUUUAAUGUAACAAUAACCUUACAACUUUCAUUUUUGGACAUAUUUCAGUAUGAUUCUUCAUGUUGCUAUUUUGUCCUUUUUCAUAUUUUGCCUAAAGAUAUUUUUACUUUCUGUAAAAUUCUUAAACAUAUAUAUUCAUCUCUAUUACAUACUCAUAGAUUGUAAGCAUAGAUUGUAUCUCUCCAUCCUUAAAUAUCCCCUUUCCAUAAUUCUAAAGUGCUGUGGAUUAUGUUAGCACUUUAUAAAUACUUGGCAUAAAGUGUAUUUGUCACCUCUCUAGAAGUGACAGUUCCUCAUUCCUUUACCACUGUAAAUGCUUUUGAAGCGGCUACUGCGGUGAGAUAUGCAAGAAAGGUUAAAAAAAAACACACUUACCUCUGCAAUAUCUCUGCUUGUAGGGCAACAUCAUCUUGCCUUGGGUACACCUCAAGAUUCUAUAGAGAAAUGCAGUACAAAUGCAUGCACUCUCAAGCAUUCCUUCAAUCACACUGCAGGUGAUAAUUGCAGGGGAUAAUUCAUUUACAUUGCAGUGGAUUAUUCAUUUACAUGGCACACUUUGGCAGUGUCAUGACUGGCAUGCAAUUUAAAUUAAAAAAUAAACUAUAAAUAAUAAUAAUAAAUAAAGAUUUUAAAAAGCCAAAACACAUAGCUAAAUAGUCGCUAGUCUUUUUUUACAACAGUGAGCAGCCACUGGUUGUUCGCUGUUUAGUAGACAUGCUCCUACUCGCGGCACAGUGGGAAGGAGCAGGAGGGAGGAUUUAACCUCUCUUUUUGGGGGCUUUCAAAUUCUUAGUAGAUCGCAACCUAAUCCCUGUGGGAUUGCCAUAAAAUAACAAAAAGGAGUUAUCUACUAAACAACUCCCUAAUUUGGUACCCUUAAAUAUGGCAAUCCCAUAAGGAUACAAAUUUAAGGAGCUAUCUAAUAAACAGCUACAAGAUGCAGCCAUGGUCUGUAACACAAUUCAGAAUUUCAUUCGUCCGAAUGAAAUUCCGAAAACGAAAAUAAUGACCGAAUUUUGUCUGAAAAUGAAUAAACAUACAGACAAAAUUCAGUUAGUGCGAAACUAAAUUUAUUUUUGUCCAAAUGUAUUGGGAAGAAAUCUAAAUUUCAGCGACACCCAAAUCUACUACAUACCUUACUAGUGACACCUGCUACUGGUGAUAUUAUUCUGCACUGUGUGAUUUAUAUCAGAUUUAGUGCUCAUUGCCUUGUGCAUAAUAGCAAGAUAUAGUUCUUUAAUGCAUGACACAUACUAAGGGGACCAGUGGCAUAUAGAUGGUUAAUUUAUCCCUUACAGGACUCACUGACACUUUCCACAGAGUAAGAAUUGAUUACAUUGUUGUUACAAGGGCGUUGUGAAGUAUUGAGUUGGAUGUCUACGAGGGUUGUCUGUUGCUGUCUUGGUUUUUAGCAUUUCAUCUGUUCUUAGCUUGAGUGUUGCCUCUCACCCAUUAGUCCUGCUUUCUUACUCAAUCAGGCUGCAGGCGACCAGAGCCAGCGUGGGAUGCAAGGAAUGUCACAGCAUCAAUCUUCUCUCUGGCACAGAGAGGUCCUUGGCUUCGGGACACUACAAGAGAGGGGAGGUGACAUGCAGCUCAGAGAGAGGGAGCAGGCCUUGCAUUCAAAUUAGACUGACGCUUUCUGUUACUCUUUUACACUAGUUUAAUAUUACAGCUGAGCUGCUAGGGUAACACUGGAACACUUUAGCUAUGGGACAUCAAGGAGAACAUGUGUGACAGAAGCUUUCAUGCCACAGUCUUUUGAAGUGGCUUGAAGGCCAGCCUUAUGCCCACAGACUAUUGGCCUAAAAAGGGCUAUUGUCACUGUGGGGAGAGGUAUGCGGGACUCUGACCAGUGGCGUCACAAGGGGGGUGCGAGGAUGCGGACCGUACCAGGGUGCAUCACGGGAGGGUGACACCACUGACACCAGCAGGGCCGGCACGUCCACGUCCAUUAACGGCACAAGCGGCCGCCUUCGGGCACACCGGCUGGGGGGGCACUAGUUUGGAGUGACAGGCAGGAGGUGGGCGCACAGCUCUCCCUCCUGGCAGUCACUCAGUCAGUGUAGCGUGACCAAGUGGAGCAGUACGCAGCACGGUACAGAAACUUCUGUUUCCUGUACCUGGCCGGACUGAAAGGAAGUGCUCACUGAGAAUGCACUUCCUGUCAGUCCGGCCGGGUACAGGAAACUGAAGCUCCUGUACAGAAGGAGCACUAUGGGAUGGGGGAGCGGGUGGGGGAAGAACACUAUGAGACAGGGGAGAGGGGGAGAAAAAACACUAUGGGACAGAGGAGGGGGGAGAAAGAACACUAUGACACAGGGGAGGGGAGAAAAAGAACACUAUGAGACAGGGGAGGGGAGAAAAAGAACACUAUGGGACAGGGGAGAGAAAGAACACAAUGGGACAGGGGAGGGGGGAGAGAAAGAACACUAUGUGACAGGGGAUGGGGGAGAAAGAACACUAUGGGACAGGCAAUGGGGGGAGGAAGAACACUAUGGGACAGAUAGAACACUAUGGAACAGGAGGGGGAGAAAGAACACUAUGGGAAAGGGGGGAGAGAAAGAACACUAUGGGACAGGGGAGAAACUAGGGGAGGGAGAGGAACAUUAAGGGGGGCACUAAGGUACAAAGGAGGGAAGGGAAAAGGAACACAGGUAGGGGGGACCAUUAAAAGAGAAGGGAGAGGAACACUAAGAGGGGGGGAGGAACAUUAAUGGGAAUGGGGGGCACUAAGAGACAGCUAAGGGGGGAGAGGAACACUAAGGGACAAGGGAGGGAGAGGAACACUAAGGGACAGGGAAGGGUGGAGAGAGGAAUACUAAGUGACAUGGGAGGAAGGGGAGAGGAACACUAAAGGACAGGGGAUGGAGGGUAGAGGAACACUAAGGGACAUGGAGGGGGUUGGGGUGAUACCGUGAGUUACCGCACCGGGUGACACCAACCCUAGUGAUGCCACUGACACUUACUGUGCUCCCCAGUUGGACUUGAGGACCUCUGGGUAUUGCCUGGACUAAUUUUACACCUCGAGCACCUGACCAGGAGAUACCCUGAAAUACUCUGAAACUGUUCCUUGGAUCGGGACUCAGUGGAGGUCCAGUAAAUCUUUAAGUGGGUAUCACUCAGUCCCCCAACCUCCACAUUGAGCGCUAUUUGGAGGGGAAGACAGGAAGGCAAGGAGGCAUCUGAGAAUAACUUGAAAUUGAGUACGCUCCCUUCCCUAAGGGAAAACUUUAACACACUGUAACUCAGGAGCGAAUUCUCCAAUCAGGAUGCUAUUUGGCCAGUGAGGACACUUGUGUGGGUAUAUGGUCCAGGAAAAAGGGGUACUGUUAGAUAUUUUGUGUACUGUGCUCCAGUACUGAUGGAACAACAGGGAGAUGAUUGUGUUAGCUGGGGAAAAUGUUAUUAAGUCCCCAGACCGAAUGCCACCAGGGAAGGACACCUGCACUGUGCAUUGCUUUGCAUGGAAGACCCCUUGCAGGGAGAGUCAAAACUGUCUAGUAUAAGUAGCUGUACGCUGUACAAUAAUGAUUAAUUCUACCCCCUACAUUCAGAUUCAUCUAAUGUGUGAGGAAAAGGCUAAGGUAAAGCUAUAAUCACUUUUCUAUACUGGAGAGAGAAUCAUCUCAGCUGUAUUCAAUGCAGCCUGGUGUAGGAUGGAAGAGGUUCUCAGAGACCCCAGUUAAGUUUCGGUGACUGGGUCUGAAGUGCUCUAGAGUCCCUGGCAGCAGAGAGGAAGCUGACCCGGUGGAGGUACUCAGUCAGAAUACAUGAGCUCCUUCACAACACGCAACAGAAAAAGGCAUUGGACAAAGGUGUCAAUAACUCAGCAUUUCCACCUGACCAUUAUGGACACAUUGUUAUCGUGACUGAGCUCCCCUACUCUUGCUGAGUACCUCAGCCAAGUCCAGCAUACUAGCUGCUAUCAGGGACCCUGCAGCACUUGAGACCCAGUUUGCGAAGCUUGACUAAGGUCUUUUAGGAACUCAUCUACUAGCCUUUUUAGGGACUGUUCCUUAAACAUGUUGUGACAAGCAUUUAAAAUACAAAUAUACAGAACAUUGGAGAGCGAGCAAUUAUAAUUAAUACAUGAACUAUAUAAUACAAGUAACAUUUUCAAACACAGUAAAAAGAAACAAUAUAUGCAUUUAACUACUUAUUUGGUGGCCCUAAUUUGCAUACCAGCAUCAUGUAAAUGAGCAAAUCUCUAUUCAGUCAGCAGAGGGCGCUGCAGAGUUAUCAGAUUAACACUGCAUAGUUUGGUUUAAAAUUUCUACCAUCUUGGGACCAAGUCAAUAGUCUAUGGUCAAGAGGCUGGCCUUCAAGCCUCUCCAAAAGGCCAUGGCAUGGGAGCUUCUGUCAUAGUUUUCAUCAUAGCUACAUACCAGUGUCAGCAACAUUACUAAUGUUCCAAGCUUAUUGGUUAUGAUAUAUCACAUGCAAUGCAUAGUCUUGUCUGUGCAACUUAAAAGGUUUACAAUUCAAUCUCCAAAAUGAGAUGUCAAUAAGCUGCUCUAAAAUAAUUUUUUGUUGUGUUACUUUUAUUCACUGUAUCACAUUACGCAUUCACAGUCACGUGGAGGUGAACAAAAUAACAGAAACACCUAUCACAGCAUUAUUAUCAAGGAGCUUAAAAGGGACAAAGCCACCCUUUACCCUCAGAACUGCUUUAGGCAUCCAAGGAAUGCUGUUGUACAAGUACUCUACUCUGUGUAUUCAUAUACAGUACAUUACCAUUUGUCAUCCAGCUCUUACGAAGAUGAAGGAGGUAGAAAUUGAAUGUGCGCUCUGCGGUCCAGCACUUCCAAUACUUCCAAUAAGCAUUUGAUGCUUAUUGUUUAGAUCUAUUGAUCAUGGGAAGCCAAGAAAUAUGUUAGACUUAAAAUAUUUAGGAAAACGUGCAUGAAUGGGUUUGCAAUAUGUGUAUUAUCAUUCUGAAAAAUCAUGAAAGAAAACUGUUUGCACCAUAAGAGUACUCUGUACUCUAAAAUAGCUUACAAUAUGGCCAUCAUACGGACAUGUGUUAAUUAAAUCUAAUGGCUUCACCAAGAUGGCUGUCCUCACGAUUAUGGAUCCUCCACCAUUUUGAAUGCUGCCAACAGAUUUUGUUUGUUGCAUGCAUCCUUAAACUUUGUUUUUUUUCUAAACAUAACCCUUUUCUUUUUUCCAUUGCACAGUUGCCCAGAUUUUGUACACACCGUGCACCGAAUUAUUGACUAAUUUCUAUGCUUGUCGCAAUCAUUUACCAACAAGUCAGUAAUUUCAAAAAUGGUAAUCACUAUCGUUUGUGUUUGCCAGCAGUUUCAAAGCUGCAGAAUUUGUUUACCGAAUUUAAAUUAGCACCUGCUGAAGGUUUCUAGAUUGAAAUCACGAAGAUCAUUGCCUAAUGCAAGGCAGCAACCUGUUUCUACACGUCUUUUAUAUCCAUGCUAUACGGUUAGGUAGAAAACUGGAACUUCAGUUUCAAAUUGGUUGAAGUGGAAUAACAUGUUGACGGUAGCAGACAUGGUGGACUACACAGGCUCUAACCGUGGUUUGUACAGAAUAUCGCCAAACACCUAUUGAUUCAUACAAAUGCCAAUAGCUUGUGCACUUUAUUGAACAUGUUGCAGAAUAUUACACUCCCAUAUCAUGUAUACUUCAAUCCACAGCUGGUGUUAGAGAAAGAUUUCAAAACCUUGUCCUCCACAUGUUGAUGGCCUACAAUUACCAAGAUUCCUUGAAUGCAAUAGAUCGACAGAUAAUCUGCUGGGGGCCUGAGUUUGAUAUGCCUGCCCUAAUUGUUUUCAUCGAUGUCUCUUUGGAACCUUUAACUGUGUUUCUGUCACGUUACCUGGACCUGUGCAUAUUGACACUGUGCAUCCAUCCUGUGACACUUUUGACACACAGUAUUAGUCCUGUGUCGAUAUUGACGAGUGGCCUACUUAUGCGUCCAUAGUGACGCCAAGACUCAUUCUAUCUUUCAUAGUGAUGCAAAAUACCUCCUACUUUACUUAUAUGUCCUAAGAUCUGUGUCAUAAUUGGCGCCAAGCCAAUCCACAUUGCUCAAACGUCCCGUUUUAACAUCAUUAUUCACAUAGAUCAAUUACAGUUCCUUUCUGGCUACUACUCAUUGCCCUGUCAUGUUUUCUGUAUACCUGAGAGUGUUUUAUACUGUUUUGGCUAUUCUGUUAUUUGACCCUGGCUUGUCUCACUACUCUUACUCUCUGCAACCCUGACCUUGACUUCUGAGGUCCUCUGUCCUCUGUCCUUGACUUUGACUUGUACACAUUAUUUAUGUGUCUGCUAGCAGACAUUUAGUUUAUCUGACUGUGGUGCCAGUAUGUCCAUUCUAAUAACUGGUACGCACUUCUGAUUUGUCUCCCCUUAGGUUUGUCUGUUAGGGUAGAGCUAGUCCCAACACUGAUUUCUGUUUACGUCAAUUUCUAAGUAGCAUAUUCACCUUUUUCUAUAACGACAGGAGAAUAUAUGUUUUGAAGUCUAGCUUUCCAUAGUCUCUAUUUCUUAUUUUGCUGUCUCCCUCCUGUCUCCCACACUCUUCCACACUGUAACACGUUCUACACAGUGACAGCUACCCACACUCACCUUCCUACAUACAUCCUUGUAUAAAAAACAGGUUUUCUCAAAAAAGGUUGUAGCUGAGGUAAAUGUUUAAUGCUUGCUUUUACUGUGAUCUGUCGUUACAAGUAGAGGAAAAUACAAGGUUUUGUUUUUUUACAUGAAGUAGGUGUCACUGUGAUUCAUUUCAGAAAUUUUUUUACUGUGAGAGAAAACAUUUUAUCUCAAUUACUCCAAUACUGUGCAGACACGUGCUUGUGCGUGUGUGUGCAUAUGCAUGUCCAUGUGCUUGUGUGUGUGUAUGUUUGUGGGGAAGUGUCUUCACUUGCUUUAAGGAGUGAUCUAUUGUACUCAUAACUUUGUGAGCAUUUAAGGAAGUUUUUGACAUGAAUGGAAGACUUUUUUUAACCAAAAUCUGGAUAUUUCAUUCUAAAAUUCAAAGCACUUUACUCACUACAACUACAAUUUGCUCUUUAGUGAGUAGACUAUCCACAGUGAAUUAAUGUCAUAUUGAGUUUAGUACCAGAGUGAUGCUGUAAAUGUAAGAAAUAUCCUGAGUGUCCUUCACUUUGUCCCAUUCUGUCCUGUCCCAGAAGAGCAAAUAAAGAACUGCUGUGUCAUGACCUCGAAUGUGUUGUCGGCCUGUUAGAAGGCUGCUGUUGAGAGUGAUGAAUGAGAACCUACUCUUGGGCAAAACUUAUCUCUGUACAUUGUAUUAUUCCUGUGUUCCUGGGAUUGUGUCAGGGCAGAGGUCUGUGCCCAUAGAAUACGUAAUGGUGGGAGGGUUAGUCCACACCCAUACCAUAAGACCAGUGCUGGGAAUGUUGAGCCACAUCUCAUAAUAAUUUUUUGAAGUUUAAAAGUUUGUAUUUAUCUAUAAUUCAUAUCUAUGUCACAAUAGUAGAAAGCCUUUCUGUGCCACGCGUCAGUUUGUGGUGAUUAUCCAGAAUUCUAUUCAGUAUCUCUCGGUGAUGAGAAGGUUCCAAAGUGGGUGGACAUUCCAGCUUAUGCCACACUAUCGAUGGAGAGGUGUUCCUUUCAGAAAUGUACAAUCUGUGUCACCGUGCAGUAAAAUAAUCUGUCCCUAUCCCCUGGUUCCAUUCUGUAUCACACCCAAAGAAGGAAUUUCAUAAUUUAGCCUUUUUUGUUUUCAUUCUGAGGCCUUCUACACUGGAAUGGACAGUUUCAGUGUUUCCAUAUCUCUAGAUUCAUUUGAGGAUAAACGGCUUUUAUAUUCUGUCUGUUUUUGUCAACAGCCCUUAACUCUAAGCCUGUGUAUUCUUCUGGUCACAGGUAAUGUCUACAGAGAGUGUCAUUUAAAUGGAAGCUGGGCAGGAAGAGGAGAUUACACCCAAUGUCAGGAAAUCCUGAAGCAGGAGGUAUGACAUUCUCCAUCAAACCGAAAGUAACUUUUCACCCUGAAUCAUUGUCCAUUCAUGGCCUUCAGAUGAUGGACCACCCAGUUUAUUGUAUCUCCUUGUGUAUUAAUAUUUUCAUGUUUUUUUUCCUCCUUGCAGAAGAAAAGUAAAGUGCAUUAUCAUAUCGCAAUCGUGAUUAAUUUCCUGGGCCACUCCAUCUCCUUGUGCGCGCUACUGGUGGCAUUUAUUUUAUUUUUGAGAUUGAGGUAAACACAACACCUCUCGGACUAAAUAGACAUACGUCUAAAUUUAAGCAUUGCUCUUUGCUGCCCAAGUAUUUCUUAAUAACGCCCAUUGUUUAAUUUGUUAUUUCAAAUCUCAUCUGUCAUCUAGAAUGUUUUAAAGAUUUCUUGGUAAAAAAAAAAUAUUUCCAAUGACUUUUCUUAAAAAGACAAAAGAUAGGCAACAGGAAAGAGGAGGUCUUCAUGAGGUUGAGUAGCUGGCCUUUGAAUGAUAAGGAAUUGUAAUAGUUAAAAAAAAAAUCCAAGAAACAGGUAAAAAAAAUUCACCUCAUUCAUAGCUCUUGAUAUCUGUUGCAGGAGUAUACGAUGUCUUCGAAAUAUAAUCCACUGGAACCUUAUUACUGCGUUUAUUCUUCGUAAUGUCACCUGGUUUGUGAUGCAACUUACACUGAGCCACGAAGCCCAUGACAGCAAUGUGGUGAGUUACCUUCAUUAUCUGCCAAAAAAGGCAUAUGCAUAAAUGUAUAAUACAAAGCGGGACCAUUUCAUUUUAGGGAUGUGACUGAGGGUGUGGCCAGGGCUAGGGUUGUUCUAAGAAAUUUUAGGUGGCUUACUAAUAAUUCAUGGAACUAAAAUUUACUAAAGAACAAGAACAAUGUAUCUUAUUUACACAGACUGAUUUCUAAACACAUUUAUUGUAGUUUAAAGACACAUUACUGGGAGUAUUAUUACUGUGGAGCUCUGUUAUACACUCAGACACAUUUCUGGGAGUAUUAUUGCUGUGGAGCUCUGUUAUACACACUGACAUAGAAACAAUAUGGAGCUUCUAGAAAAGAGGGACAUUAGGAUAGAAAAGAGGGACAGAGGGAUUUGAGCCCUAAGUAGGGACUGUCCUUCCGAAAUAGGGAUGGUUGGGAGAUAUGAGAUAACACGCAAAGCUGUUUUAGGCAAACCAUGAUGUGAAUCAAAAAUUAAAAAAAACCUAUUGAAAAGGAGGCAGUCAUUUAACAAGGAAUUUAAGAAUAUUUUAAAACACUGUGACUAUACUGAUAUUUAGAUUGUAUGCAUUGUAUGAAGCUUCUGUAAUUGCAUGCCAAUUUUUGCCAAAUCCUUUAAGUGUCACUUAGAAUUAUUGCAUCACGGUACAGUUUAAUGAGUUUGAUAGAGAGACAGACAGAUUGUCAGACAGUCAGACACAGAAUGUAUUCCAUAGCCAAAACGUUGUACCAAUGGCAGCCCUGAAUGUACUGCUAUAUAAGAGAUUUUCUUUGCAGUCUGUUUAGUUAACUAUUGUACGUAGAGCAGAUUAAAGGAUCCCAUUUGGAUAGAGCGCCUCACAGAGCCGGGACUUUUUACUUAUCUUUAAAUACAGAGUGUGUUUGCAGUGCCCUUUUAUUAAUAGCUGAGAUUCUCCUGUCCCUGGUAUGUCUCAGGUAAACGAUGAGCGGCCUGGUACCGUCUGCAACUUCCGUUCAGUUCUCUGCAUCUGACUCAGCACUUUGUAUGAUGCUGAGGGUUUGUGCAGUGGCUGCAAGUUCUCCUGCAAAGUCUGCUGUUUUGAUCGAUGAUAUCCAAUAAGGGAUACAUUGUGUCGGAUUAAAAUUCCCACAACACUGAGCUUCCUGCGUGUAUAAAUGAGGUGUUCUAUACUGGAAACAAAAAUAUGAGGAAUGUUUGCGCUUGGAGUUUGAAUCAAACACAAACAUUGUCACAAUAUAUCGGAUGACACCAAGUAGAACAACAUUAAAUGCUCGAUAUUGCUGCAGGAGAAGGACAGAUGUCAAAAACAAUAGACAUCUUUUUCUGUUUGCUGGGGAGAAAAGAUUGAGUGAUAUUUCAAUGUUCUAAUGCAAAACAUGAACUUUGACUCAACGUAGAGUGACAUAAGUAACCAUUCGCCUAGUCUCAGCUCAUAGAGAGGAUGCCAACACACCCUAUAGGCUCCGGAGAUAAGAUGUUCCAUCUAUCAGAAGGAAACAUAGAGGGUAUACUCCAUCCAAUUAACAUUGACAGAAAGGGGGCAUUACACAAAGAGUAGAUGACUAUCCAUCAACUAGAGGUUGACAAAGAGGGAACAGUCUUUUCACUACAGGGCAACAGACAGUGGAACUCCAAUCCACGAGAGACAAGCAGAGAACAUUCCAUCACCAGAGACAAGACAUUCCAUCCACCACAGGGUGACAGAGGGAAGACAUUCUACCCAGAUCUUAGUAACUAGUAAAGUUACCUUUCAUAUUCCAUAAUGUGAUGGAGAUUGAAACUUCCAUCCACCAUAUCGUGAUAGAGAGGGAACAUUCUAUACACAACACAGUGACAAGGAGGGGACAUUUCAUCCACCAUAAGAUGACAGAGAGGGGACAUUCCACCCACCAUAAGGUGACAGAGAGGACGGUCAGUCUAAAGCAUAGCAGAUCCCAUUAGGAUGAUGCUGGCUGAGUAACUGAGGAAGCCUCUACAUGAGGCGAAACGCGUUUUGCAACCAGAGACUACCACAACAAGGUCACCUUCAAUUGUAAGGUCUUGUUUUUUACUUUUUUUGUGCACUUUAUUAAUAAAGCACUUUAACUACUUAUACUUAUCUGCGAGAGUACCACCUCCUGGCAAUAUAAAGAAGGUAGUGGGAUCCUUAAUCCCACAACGCCGGAAGAUUGAGCCUUAUUAUAUAGGCUCUUGUUUUGUGAGUGUAUUUUCACAUAUUUCCUUUUCAUUCUGAGAUUUAGACAAUAUUGCACUAUUAUGUGUUUUUAUUUGUUCUACCUCUAGGUAAUAUCAACAUUUGCUUUAAACAAGAAGAUACUCCACCCUAUAUUGUAUGUAAACUUUGUUUGACGUAAGGGCGAAGGGUACUCACUAAGGUGUAUGAGAAUCUCUUGUUUUAUUUCUUUAUGUAUGUGUUCCACUGGUAAUAUUGUAUUCUUUUGAUGCUGGCUGAGUGUUGCAUUAGUAUUAAGACUGAAUUAGAACUUUUUAUUCUGUUUUUUUUUUAACUAUUGUAUGUUUGAGAUCCCCAUUGGACCGAGCUCCUUGCAGUGCAUGGAGCCAAUGAUAGAAUGUAUAUUUUAUCUACUGUAGGAUGAAAUGGAUAUCUGCAAUGUUUUUGACAUGGGUGACAUGCUUGUUUUUUUUGCAUUCUUAUCUCACCACCUCUUUGUCAUUACUGUUUCGCUGUACUUCUCUCCACAGGUUUGGUGUCGCCUGGUAACCAUCGCUCACAAUUAUUUUUACGUCACCAACUUCUUCUGGAUGUUCGGAGAAGGGUGUUACCUACAUACAGCCAUUGUUCUGACUUACUCCACUGACAAACUGCGCAAGUGGAUGUUCAUUUGUAUUGGCUGGUGUGAGUGUCUUUGUCACCAUAGGAUUCUAGCACAGAUUUCAUAUCAUAUUGUUACCUAAUGCAUGUGUGACCCUAUUAUAAUUCAGACUUCAUUGCUGACCCCUGUUUUGCUGUUUCACCCUGAGGUGGAAGGAUCGGCAUGAGUGUGUAAUACCUAUCAUAACCAUGACUUAUACAUAGUAUAAAGUCCAGAUAAAGAUUAAAAAAAAGAAAUUUCUUUAAAAAUUCAAACUCGAUGCGUAAAAAACUCAAACUCUAAUUAAAAAAAGAGAAAUCAUUAAUAUGGUUUCAUUCUAUGGAAUUAAAAUAAGCAGAUGCCUUAGAUACUACAUCUUGACUCCCAUUUUCAUAGAGUUUAUAAUGCUCUAAUGUAUCCAUUUAUAAAUAUCUGAGUGGAUCUUUUGUGACAAGAAUUUUUGUGGAUCCAUUCUCUGUCUGGAAUUGCAGUGGAAAAGUGAUCAGAAAUCCCACAUGUCCAGUGACUCGGUGUAUCAGCUAUAUCCAUGUUCUGUGGUGUGGAAGGAAAGUAUGGAUCUGUGUUCCAAAGUUCUAAGAAUGUCCUGUUUCCGCAGGUAUUCCACUCCCCAUCAUCGUGACUUGGGCCAUUGGCAAACUUUACUACGACAAUGAAAAGUAAGGAAAAAGCAAAGUGGAUGGGGAGUUCAAAAAUUGAAUUUGUGAGAACUGUUAGAAAUGGGGAUUGUACCAGCAGAGAGGGGAAAUAAUAAUGAACAGAAUAGAACUGAGUGCAUUUUUUUUUAUCCAAAUGGAAUUGUGUGGGAGAUCAUGAGGUAGGAUUGAUGGAUGAGAAAUUGAAAUGUUGAGUAGAUGUUGCUGGGAGAAACUGAGGAUGUAGGCAAUGGAUAUGUUGAACCAUAUUGAAUAUCCAAGAACAAGUGGCACGUCUCAUGACAGAUUACAAAUCUAUAAGUGAGCCAGUGUAUGAGUCUUGGGUUUGGACUGUUAGUUCUGAUACUUUGUGUUAUUCUAGAUGCUGGUUUGGUAAAAAGGCUGGAGUAUACACUGACUUCAUCUACCAGGGUCCUGUCAUCCUUGUACUGCUGGUGAGGACCCACAUAAACAUCCAUCCAUCCAGCCAUCCAUUCAUCCAUCAACCCAUUUGUCCAUCAAUCCAUCCAAUCUCUCAGUACUUACGACUCAGUGAAUGUUUAAAUCUCUUCCACAGAUUCUAUAAAUCUCACACACAGUCAUAUGUUACUUACUCGGUAUCUAUGGUACCUACAUACAGCCAUCUAUAUCUAUGCUUGCCUUAGUGACAGUCACACACUGUUGGACUUUGCUGCAUAGUUUAGCAUGUUAACCAUGAAUAGACAAUUUAAUGGCAGGGCAGACAUCACAGAGUCCAGCAUGAGUAUGCUGGAUGUCAGAGAAGUGAUCCAGAAUCAGAUCUAGGGAGUCAGUUCAAUUCAACAGAUAACUCUGCGUUGGCAUCCUGGCAAUAGUGGGUGGUCAGAUACUUCUGAGUAAUGUUCCUGCUAAGCACCAUUUUGUCAAGUAUUAAUUUGCAAAGGGAGUUAGUACACAGUUAGUAAUUUGGACACUAAGCAUUUCGGCAUUGGUUCUAGUGUGUAUCUCAGAUGCCAAAAGUACGCCAUUGCUGCCAAUCAGAGGAAUUAAAGAAGCGGAAACAAAAAAAAAUGAGGCACGAGACACUAAAUAUGUUAGGAGUGUUCGAGAAAGAUCAGAAAGGUAGUCCUGGCAGACAGAAUAAACCGAAAAAUAGAUCAGGUAGAUAGACAGACAGCUCGGAGAGACACCUAAAUUAGACAGACAGGCAGACAGAUCAAAGAGACAGACAUAGCUAACAGACAAAAAGAAAUGUCUAAAGUUCGGAGAGACAGAGGAAACAGACAAAUAGAUCAGACAAAGAGACAAACACAUGUGCCAGACAGACAGAAAGAUCAGACUAACAGACAAAUGAAUAGUUCAGCCAUACCGACAAAUCAAAAAGGUACAUAGACGAGAAAGACAGAGAGAUGCAAUAAUGUAGGUCAAGCUCUCCUUUAUGCAAACUACAUGAAUUGCCCAUCUUGAUGUGUCACUGUAAAAUGCAAUAAAGUAAGCUUUAACAUCACUUUUAAACUAUCAUGUUUCAACAUCACUUAGAUCUUUCUUUACGCAACAUGUUAUGCUUCAGUUAUUAAAUGACAUUGAUGCCACCAGAAGCCUCUUUUACUGAUUUUGUAGUCAAAACUCUUGCAGCAAUGCGAUGAACUAAUUGAAAUGUGAAGUUAGCAUGAGGAUAUAGCUCUUGUCAGUUAACAUCUACACACACACACACACACAAACACAUCUCGAGCUUUCUCCCAUAACCCAAUCUGCCCGCAAUCUUCUCAGAACUCUCCUGGUUUUCUGCUACACAUUAAAGUAAUUAAAAAGUUAUCCCCCUCUCCUAUAAGCGUUCCACUCCUCUGCAGCUGCACCUCCUGAUGGAAUAGAUCUUAACGCCAUGUGUGUUCUGUAUUUUUCCUCUGUUACCAGCAACCUGCUUUAAAUACUAAGCCGUCUCAUCUACUGUUCCAUGACCCUGCAACUCAGACCUUGCAAGGAUGCCUCCAAAGAAUAAUUUCAGCUUUAAAACUUUAAAGUCCAAAAAUAUAUCUCAGACACCCAUUACGCCCUAUUAUUUCAAUUAAAGUCACAUACUUAUCUGUAACUGAACCUGAGCGUGUAAGACAGACAGACAUCCAUCACAGGACCCCAGUGUGUAAGAGGCACGUGUAUUUAUUCCAGAACCCUAGUGAGUUGGAAAUAUGAUUAUCACCGAGCAUUAAUAGGUAACAUACACAGCUAUCUCCCUCUAUACAUAAUGAGUAACACACACAGUUUCUUUUUCCAUACAUAACGAGUAAGACACACACACACACGACAAUCUACAUUUUGCCAAACUGUUUGCCAUUGAUAACGUUACUCCAAAGUCGGUGACGCCUUACAUCACUGUCACUUUUCCCUUUAAUGUUGUUCCUUUCUCAUUUGUUAACACAGCUAUUUAACAGUGUUUUCUAUCACACAUAUUAAUUUAUUUUUUUCUCAUUUUAGAUAAAUUUUAUAUUUUUAUUUAACAUUGUGCGGAUUCUGAUGACGAAGCUCCGUGCCUCAACCACUUCGGAGACCAUCCAGUACAGGUCAAUAUCAAAUAAACUUCCAAGCCACCUGAUCUCAUUGCCCUUGGUGGAGUAUUUCACUCGUUCCUUUACACAAAGUGGUUCCAAAGCCAGUCCUCUUGCUACCUCCUACCAGUCCAGGAUUUAGGGACUACCCAGUUGGGUCUAAGGUGUUUUUAGAAAAUAAAACACCUGAGAUACAACUGGCUGAUCCCUAAAUCUUGGACUGGUAGAAGGGGUAUAUGAAUUGGUACGAGAACCACUGCUCUUCACAAUUGAUGGCUAACUUUGGCUGCUCGGAUUAUGCUUCUCCUUGGUGCUCAGCUAACUUUUAUUUUGGCUUAGCACCGUGGGAAAUGUAGUCCAAAAACAGAGUGGCGGCCAAGUUAUCCAUGACUACUCUAUACCAUCCACCAGAGGUUUUUUUUCCAUCUCCCCUCCUUUUGCUUUAUCAUGUUUCACACCUGCUUAACUAAUUUAUCCCCUAUUGUUUUAUAUACUCCCUUCUCAUUCUGGCAUUUUUAUCAUUACAUAAUUGAAAUCAAGGUACCCCUCUUUAUCAGUCUCCAGUGUUUCCUUUUACCUUUGAAAUUACCAAAGUUCUUAUAGUCAAUUACCCUAUGUUCCAUUGUCUCCAUAAUGUCCCAAUGUGCCUAUCCCUUUUACUUACCCUUCUAGGAAGGCAGUUAAAGCUACAUUGGUUCUCUUACCUCUCCUGGGCAUCACCUACAUGCUAUUCUUUGUCACUCCUGGAGAAGAUGAAGUCUCCCGCAUUGUGUUCAUCUACUUCAACUCCUUUCUUCAGUCAUUCCAGGUAAAGAGAGCAGAGCGAACUAGGCCAAAAAUAAAAUGGAAUUUUUUUUCCAUCAGAUAAUUUUAAUAUUCCCUGGGACAGGAUCCUGAGGUCAAUACAUGAUCUUACAUUGGUACAAUCACGUCCAAGGCAUGAUCACGAUUUUACUUUAUGAUUUGAUAUUAGUGCAAUAUCCUCUGGGGCGGGCUAAUGAUCUUAAUUCAUGUUUGAUAUUGAUACAGGCAGCUCAGGGGUGGGAUUAUGAUCUUAAUUCAUGUUUGAUAUUGAUACAGGCAGCUCAGGGGUGGGAUUAUGAUCUUAAUUCAUGUUUGAUAUUGAUACAGGCAGCUCAUGGGUGGGAUAAUGAUCUUAAUUCAUGUUUGAUAUUGAUACAGGCAGCUCAGGGGUGGGAUAAUGAUCUUAAUUCAUGUUUGAUAUUGAUACAGGCAGCUCAGGGGUGGGAUUAUGAUAUUAAUUCAUGUUUGAUAUUGGUAAAGAAACCUCUGGGGCAGGAUAAUGAUAUUAAUUCAAGUUUGGUAUUAGUACAGACAACUCGCUGGCAGGAUCCUGACAUCAGUGCACAAUAGUCCACUCUAGAAAAGGAAGCCGCACUCUUAUAAACAGUAAUAGAGUGCUCUUGAACAAGGUCUGGCAAUCCAUUAAUGGCAUGUAGUCAGAAGAAAAAAGUGGUCCAGGCACUCCAUUAAUUCAAGCAACUUUUUUAGACGUGAACAGACAUUGCAACAUUUUGGCCCACAAAAGGCCCUCAACAAAUGCCCAGUUGGGGGCCGAAACACUGCAAUGUCUGUUCAUAUCCAAUAAAGCUGCUUGUAUUGAUGGAGGGCCUGGACCACCUUUUUCUUCUUACUGCAUUACUGCACAAUGUCACAUAGGUACAAACACCUCUGUGAAAGAAAAGGUGUACAAAUACUUUAAGGAUUUAAUCCUGUCUUACCUGCAGUUACUUGUGUGGAUGAUUCAUAACCAUUUCUAUUGUCCUCUUUCCACAGGGGUUCUUUGUGUCUGUUUUCUACUGUUUCCUAAAUAGUGAGGUAAGUAGUUACUGGCAAACCUCUUAGUAUUAACUGUAGGGGUUACAUUUAAAGAGCAACACUGUUCCAAAGGUCUAAUAGUGUAACAACCACCUUGGAAGCUGAUGGAAUGUCCCUGAUGAUGGUUCUAUUUUAGAAUGUUAUGCCAGAAUUGUUUUAUACUGGAUCUCAAUGUAAAAGGGAACCUUGUCUCAGUGUUUGCCAUCAAGCAGCAAAUUUUUGUGGGACAGAAAAAGAGCAAAAUCACUGAUAUUUUUGAUUUGCCAGUGGACCAUGUGGCCACCCAGACUCAUAUCCUAAUAUUUUCGUAUUGUUGCUCGGUGAUAGUGGGUGGUGGAUGGUAACAGGAUGUCUUCUCACCAACUGACCGGUUUUCUGCUUCUAGGUUCGCUCUGCGGUGAGGAAACGCUGGCACCGCUGGCAGGAUAAGCACUCUAUACGCGCUCGUGUUGCCAGGGCAAUGUCUAUUCCCACUUCACCCACUCGAGUCAGCUUCCACAGCAUCAAGCAAUCUUCUGCCAUCUGACUUGUAUACUCAAAUGUGUUCUCCCACACAGCCUGCUUCUCUUAAGCUUUCCAGAACCCGGGUAGAAGUCUCAUUUUUAUUGGUUGCAGAGGAUCAAGCCUCCCUUGUUCCCCUUGGACAUAUCUAAAUUUGGAAAGAGAGGAGACAUCUUGUGCCUCCAACAAGACUGAUCAUGACAAUCAAUUCAAUGCUGGAAGGAACCAGCAAUGAUACAAAGUAUCUCUUUCGCUUCAAGUGCAAUAUGGGUAAUGUCGAGCACUAGUGCGUAUGCACAGAGACAGGUCGCAAUUCACAAGUGCAGAAAAAAGUAAUAGUUGAAACACUGUACACAGCACAAAACAUACACUGAUAUAUCACCAGCCAGAAGCAAACGAUCUCUGAAAACCUUGCCUACUGCUGUUACCGCUAACUGUCCAUAGUUCCGUGCCUGGCAAUCAAAGCGACUAUACAUUGACCCAACCACUGAUAAAACGAGACUACUGAUGGCCUUCUAUAAUUCUUCACCGAGCAUAAUUUUAUACAAUGAUGAGCACAACACAUAAAGCUAUUGUGUAAUGCGCACAAGGACUACCUGGACGCAGUAUGGACACUCAUUUAAACGCAAGGCAUGGGUUUAGCAUACGAAACACAGAUUAAAUGUGCCCUGGGGACCAAUUACGGAUUUUCAGAAGAGAUUUAUAAAGGCUAAAAUGACAACUGAACAUCAUCAUCGCCGAGUAUUGAUUUAAAUUAAAC